AUGUUUAGGGGAGUAUAUCAAGGAGUAGGCUCAGUCAUCAUCGCGACGUUGCCCUCCUCUGGCGCCUUCUUCUCGACAUAUGAGGGAAUAAAGGCCACUCUGACCGAGACGAAUCCCACCUUGGGAGCCAAGCCAUUUCUACCCACGCCUCUGAUACAUGCUAUUGCCUCUGGGUCCGCGGAGUUGGUCUCAUGUGCCAUACUCACCCCUGCCGAGGUCAUCAAGCAGAAUGCACAAAUGGUAGACAACUCCAACCGCGACAGACCUCGAGUCAAUGCUACGCUGCAGACCCUCAAACGAUUCCGUUCCAACCCACUGGCGCUAUGGCGAGGAUAUACUGCUUUAGCAGGCCGGAAUCUACCGUUCACUGCCAUGCAAUUCCCAAUGUUCGAGCGCAUAAAAGAGAGCAUCAGGCGAUAUAGGGAUGACCGAGGUAUUCGGACACAUACUCUUUUGGAAAGCGGCAUGAUCACGGCUGUUAGUGCUGGUACGGGAGGCAGUAUUGCCGCGGUCAUUACUACACCCAUCGACGUAGUCAAGACGCGCAUCAUGUUGGCUGCUGUGGAAGGAGGCUCUGACGAUUCCAAGUCUACACCUCGCGAAAGCGUCAAGGCAGCCAAAGAUGCUCUGGUCGAUGCUACGGGAAAGACUGUUGAGGCAGUCAAGGACAAGCCUGUGGAGACCAUGAAGGAGGCGGUGAGGCCAAAGCGAUCUGGUAGUCUGCAAGUGGCGCGAGAGAUCAUACAAGAGCAAGGUUACAAAGGUCUAUUCCGCGGUGGAGCAUUGAGAGGUGUCUGGACGAUGCUGGGAAGUGGGUUGUAUUUGGGCGUUUACGAAAGUGGACGCAUAUACCUUGCACAGCGACGAGGUGACCCGAUUGAUGCUGAAGAGUAUGCGAGAUCUUGA